UCCAAACCACGUGACACAUACCUGACGGGAUACACUCAAGCUGGCCCAUAGGAAAGGUACAUAUAUCGUAUAAUGUUGCUUGAAAUGUUCAAGAUCUUUCUAUGCAACAGCAUCAAAGACAUCCUCAACAGCAACAGCAGCAACAGCAUCAACAUCAACGUCCCUGGUGUGUACUGUGUGGGGACUAACUGCAAGAAGAUGUUGGUGUGUCAGUCUUCUGACUACCGUCACGUAGACCAGAUAUGUACAGCAACAAUGAAGAAGGUUAGCUGCGAUGAAGUAAGACGUCCUGUAACCUACAAGAGUGUGUCCCACUCGAACAGACACUGUCCUGGACACUUCGAGUGCCUCAGUGGAGCAUCCUGGGAUAUAGUGAACGUCAAGUGCGUCCCACAUGUCAGCUUCUACGGGAAGCCGUCAUCAAACGUGUCCACUGGGACGCAACUCAUCAACGAUCUGGGAUUUAAUCUGAAGCCGGGGAUGACAGUGACGUGGGGACUAGCGGGAGGGAUUCCACAUCGCCCUCAAACGAAAAGCCAAAUAUUCCUUCAGUGCCCAGACCUCUAUCCCCGCGUCUACAUGGCGUCAUUCAGAGUGUGGCUACGCAAACCUAAGGUAAUAUUCAACACCCUCAUCCAUGGUUCUGGAUAUGGUCGUCAAGAAUCGUCUUCAGGGUGGCGCCCAAACGACUACGACCACUUCAUAAUUGACGUCCAUGUCGGCAUCGGGGUAUUUGAGACAUACCUCGACGGUUCCCUUCUGAUGGUCAACAACAUGCGAGUCCCCUUCACAGAAGUGAGAUAUGCUGGAGUAAACGGGAUCACUGCGUGGCAUAAGCUUCAGGUCGGCUUCAACAAGUGCUGAUUGUUCCCUUCUGAUGAUCAACAACAUGCGAGCCCCCUUCACAGAAGUGAGAUAUGCUGGAGUAAACGGGAUCACUGCGUGGUAUAAGCUUCAGGUCGGCUUCAACAAGUGCUGAUUGUCGAUAAGAAACGUUUAAUAUCGCUUGGCCAUCGAGACGAAGUGUUCUACAAAUAUUCCAUAUCCUGACUUUGUCAAGUGUCGAUUAUCGAGUUACGUACGUGGAUGUGACCACGCUAGUUAACGUCGAGGAGAAUUCUUUUCAUCAUAUAGACCUACAUUAGAUACACAGUCAACGCUGAGAAAUAUAUAGUGAUUAUUAUACAAGCAUGUGUUUGAUACUGAUUUUACGAAACGAGUGUCAGAAUUAUUGUAUUUCCCGAGCGAGGGCGAUGGCAAUGCACAAUUUCUUGCAUCAGUGUCGUAAAAUAACACGUGACAAACACGUGAGUUUAAUAAUUUCUAUAUCAGUCAUUAUCUAAAAAUCAUUUCAAGCUGUCCUUUAAAGACAUGCGCAGACCACUACCGUGACAAAAGCCUCAUAAAAUCACGUACAGUAAACACCACGAGGUACGGUAAGUGGGAGCUCCUUCAUAAUACAAGCUGAGCUGCAAACAGUGUCUAAAUUAUUGAAUGAUUUAAGAAUCAGUCAAAUGCAAAAGCUCAGUGACUUCACGUUUUCGUUGAUGAAUGUUAUUGUUUCAACAUAAAUAGUGAUGUGCUUGGCGACAUUCUAGGUGGCUCUUCUGUAAAUUUUUCAACAAGUUUUAUGAUAGACAUUUGGAGGACAUUUCCAACAACUUCUUUAUUACAAUCAGCAAUUGUAAUAAAGAAGUUGUUCAUCCAUAGAACUCGUCUUACUUCAUCACACCAAAUUCUAAAUGCCACUCAAAGAAGUUAUUUCCAAACUUGACGCAUCAGUGACAAGAAUGAUUCCGAUCCAUAUUUUUAUUUCGACCAUCUGUUUCCGUGGUGUGUUUUUCAUAUGAACAAUUGACUUGACUUGUUUAUGACCUGUGCCAUUGGUAUCAUCACUAUUUGAUAGUGAUUCUUUAACAUAUGCUGGUAACUAUGUGUCACAUCGAAUGUCUGUGUGUUUUAUUGUUUGUAUUAUUUGUUGCAGACAAAGACAAACAUAUUACUUAACGAUAUUGUGUCCAAUAUUAAACGUGAUCUCCUUCAACAUGAGAUGUAUGUUCAAACAAUAUCUGUUGUAGUUUCAGAUUUUGUC